CUCAGUGUGAUCACGUUUACAAAUUGAAGUAUCUUAGUUUGUAUAAAGAUCGAGGGAAUGGGUGCAUAUGAAUGAAAUGGUGAUUUAUUUGGUUGUGCAGACUAAGCAGAGAAAGAGGUCCAAAACAAUGACAAGAACAGGGAAAACUACAUCAAGGGCGAAGAAGAGGAGGCAGUUGGUGCGAAAGUCUUCUGCCAGUGUUGCUGGUCUAUGCAUUGGUGAUGUUAUAAUCAAAUGUGGUGAAACCGAAAUUGAGAGCCAGCUUGAGCUGGUUGAUGCAUUGUGGGACAAAGAAGGGAAAUCAGUGAAGUUGGAAAUUGUAAGACCAAGCGUAGGGCACAAAAAUGUUACCUUGACUGUCGGUACCCGGCCUGAGAUGCCCAGGUGGCUUCUUUAAGUGCAGGAAAAUGGGCCUAUCUUUUUAUGAAAAGAAGCUAAUUUUUGUAGGAUACAACUCAGAGACUCAUUUAACAAGUGUGACAAGCCAAAUAAACUAUGCCUUCAGGA